GUCAUUAAAAUGGCGUCUGUGCUAGAGAUCAGGCGCUAUGCUUGUUAUGUUGUACGCUUUAAUUCUGAUCGAGAAUUCGUAGCUUGAAAUAGAAAAGGUUAUUGGAAAAUGGAUGAAAUUCAGUCUCGAGGACCUGGGACUUUUGUGCCCUUAGCUGAAGAUACAGCAGGAGAACAAGGCAGCAGUGGUUCAGGAGGUGAAGGAGGUGGGGAUGGAAAUGGAGAUGAAUCUGGUGAAGCACAAGAUGAGGAAUCAUCUUCAUCAAAUACACUGGUAACUAUGGAAACUGAACUGGAGAACUUCAGACAAGAGUGGAGAAGAGAGCUAGAAGAAUCACCCCAAUUUGAUGCUUCAGUGGGAGCUAGCAGGGGGAAUACUGCAGAACUGAGUGAAAGUCACAAGGAAGAGAUAGUAGAAGAAAAGGCUCGAAGGUAUUUUUUACAAGGGAUUAAUGCUGAGCAGUCAGGAAGGCUUUAUGAAGCUAUAUCAUUCUACAGACGAGCUGUUCAGCUUGUUCCAGACAUUGAAUUUAAGAUGUUUGACAACUCUGGAAAGAUGCAAACUGAUAAUGGGAGUGAUACAUCUGAUGACAGUGCUGUUGAAGAAGAAGAAGAUGUUUUGAAUGAGGAUGGUGAUGUUUCUGAUUUGGUGACAAAAUUUAAUAAUCUGUCGGCUCUUUCUGGUUGUACCUUGAUUUGUCAACCUGAUCUAGAUCAAAAGACUACUCAUAUAUCUGCACUGCCAAGAGAAGUCUUCAUGUACAUAUUGAGAUGGUUGGUGUCAAGUGACUUUGAUUUUCAUUCAUUAGAACAGGUUUCUAUGGUUUCUCGGGGAUUUUACUUAUGUGCUCGAGACCCAGAAAUUUGGCGUCUGGCUUGCUUAAGGGUAUGGGAUGUUAAUUGUGGUCAUCCCAACAAAUAUGGCACCUGGAGAGACAUGUAUGUGCAGAGACCCAGGCUCAGAUUUAAUGGUGCAUACAUCAGUAGGACAACUUAUGUGAGGUAUGGGGAAGCAAUGUUUCAGGAUGCCAGCUACAGGCCGUGCUAUCUAGUGGAAUACUACCGUUAUUUACGGUUCUUCCCUGAUGGUAUGGUCUUCAUGUUGACCACACCUGAUGAUCCCUAUCAGUCUCUUGCAAAGUUACGCCACCGAAAGGUUCGUCACACAACUGUGCUUACUGGCCACUAUCGACUGUUGGGUAACUCUGUGUCCAUUAUUGCCAAACGACCGAAAGUUGAGCUCCCUGUAGGUAGCAACUAUUUCCGAUAUCGCCGUAACAAACAGAAUUUGUCUCAUGAUCCAGGGGAACAGCAGUAUCACCUGAAACUUGAAGUUAGAAAUAUAAAGCACCGUACAAACUUUCAGCUUUUGUGGCAACAUUAUGCUAUACAUACUAAGUACAGAAAUGGACAAGAAACAGUUUCCAGCUUCGAUCUUACCCCCAAAACUUUUCCACCAUUCUGGUUUUCAAGAGUACGAAGUUUUACAACAGAGUCUAUUAGUCCACUUCAGUAGACGAGUGGUAGUGGAACUUUUUUUUAAGAGAUGCCAUUGUAGUUUUUAGUUUCAAAGCUGUUUUUGGUAACAGUUUGUUUUCAUAUAUAUAUGUACUUUUGAACACAUAAGUUUGUAGCUCUCUCUCUCUGCAUGUAUUUUAUUAUCCUAAUAUCAAAAUAACAAAUAAAAUUGUUAUCGCAUACCUUAAUUUUGUUGCCAGGAGCAUUGAUAAUUUUUUUGUGAAUUUUAUUACGUACUUGCAAACUGAUCUUGUCUUUGUAGCGUGUGUUGAAUGGACAUUGGUUUAAUAGUAUGUUUUGUUUGUAGAAAAAGAACAUCUUGUAUCAAGAUUGACAUACAUGCUUUUUAACAGAUUACAACUUUUCUUUUGAUACUAAAGUUCAACUUGCAGAAUGAAAUUUUUUUUGAAUUUCAUUAAAGAAUGUCAGAAUGUUUUAGUUAUGUGAAAACUGAUAUACGUUACUGGUAAUGUAGAUAAGUAAAAUUUACAAACAAAAUUUGAAAGAAAUUUAGAAAAUAAUGAUUGACAACUGUUUUUCCCAUAUUUUUCUGAAUUAAAAAAUGUUUUAAAAUAUGUUUUUGAGCUGUAAAUUGAUCAUUUUUAUUGUGCAACUAAUGAUUAUAUGGAUGGUGUUAUGCAAAUGGGAUCUAACCCAAAAUUCUUAGUUUUGAGUAAAUGACCAAAAUGUUUCACUUUCCUACAAAAAAUCAUUGAUGAAUACCAGAUGUUCUUUCUUAUUUUAAUCAAUGGAGAUCGCUACUAUGUGUUAGAACAGAACAUUUACAUAACAAUAAACUAUUCAUUAUGAUGACAAUUAGUGGUUUAGGACAUUUUUGCCUAACUUAGAUUUCACAAAACUGCUACUUUUCAAAAAGAUAUCAAGAAACGUAAUAAUAUGCAAAUCAGAUUUUUAAGAAGUUGUAGAUUUAUUCAAAAAGACAAUUACCUAAACAAAUAUUUUCAUUCUAAUCAUUGGUGGUUAUUGUUGUAGCUCUUGAUGUAAAUAGAGCAAGGUUAGUCGUCCUCAAUAAGAUAAUCCAUCUCUACAUCAAAGCCGUCCACAUCAUCAACAAUGUUCUCAUCUUGAAGGAUGGAGUGGUAGAACGGCUUGCAGGCAUCUGGGAUGAGACACAUUAGGUCUCUUAGAUCAUUGUGCUUGGCUGCUGACACUUUUUCUCUCAGGCCAUAGCAAAAGCAAGACUUUAGUGAACGGACAGCUAGGGUGCCCCUUAGUACAGUGUGCAAUGUUGAGCUGCUGGGUUGCAUUUUCAAACAAAGAGGUCCUCAUGAAGAUUACACUGGGUUCACCUUUCCGGAGUUGUUACUUAUGUGUCAUCAGCCAGUUAACAUUUUUACCCUCUGUAUCUACUUUUCUGUUGACAUUUGCUUUCUCCAGUAUUAAAAAAAUAAAAGUUCACAAAUCUAUUGUUAGGGGGCAGGAAGAGGACAAAGGUGUACCUGACCCUCCCUGGUCCAACAAAAUCGGACCUAAAAAUCUGAUACAGCAAAUAAUGAUUAUAUGUGGAAACUAAUAUUAAAACUUUGCAUUGUGAAUUGUUAUUCAAUGGUCAGAAGGCAAAACUGCACUGUAUUUUGCACUUUUUUAUUAGCCAUUUUCAUAACCUUACUCUGAAAUAAAUACUGUUAUGGAACUUGCUUUCAGUCACCAGUCAGUCUUAGUUUGUAAACCCAAACCAGUUUUGCAUCGUGUUACGGUUAAGGAUAUUCCAAAGUGUAGUUUUUCAAAUGUGAAAAAGUUCUGUGUGAACAUUGAAUAUAAACAGGUGCUAAGAACACUUUAGACACCCUCUUGCACCAGAAAGACGACAGAAUGAGAUGGCACUGAGAUGAGAAAAGUAUAUAAUUAUCUACAUGCACAUGUAAACUUUUACAGAACACUUCAACACCUUACCUUUAUCACUUUCAAAGUUGUUCUGUAAAAAUGAUCUAACCCACAUAGGUCAUUUUUGCAUGACUGAUAUCCAUGAGUGUGGGUUGGAACUUUCCUAUCUAUAGCAGCAAUCUAAAGGGAUUGAGUUUAGGUACUUGUUUACAAAAUUGACUAACACUUGUUAGUUCAGAAAAUAUAAAAAUAACAUUUUUGGGAUUUUGUGGGUUAUGUCACUUUUGCAUAACACCAUCUAUAUAAUCUUAAAGUAUAACUAGUAACGUUCUUAUAACAUUAUUUUUUCUGGUCUGCAGUGAAUAACACAUUACACGUGAUGGCAUCUUAGAUGUGUGGCUUGUCUACUGUGAUUACUAGUGUUGUUUGAAUGUUUUAAUGACGAGACAGUCCACUGUAUGUUAAAGAUUGACUCAUUCUCCUGUGUAAUUUAUAAUACAAACAUUUGAAAUUUGUGUUACAGCAUUAGUAAUCAUUUUGUUUGUUAUGCGAAGUGUAUCUCUAGUAAUUGCAUUGCUUUCUGCAUGUUUUUUAUUUUUUGCAAGUAAAAGUUUAUUUGAAAUUUAUUUCUUCUGUUAUAGUGUUAGUUUCUUGAUGGUUAGUUUGGCUCAUUUGGUGGGGUAAACAGAAGCUAGUAUAUUUCAAGUAAUUGGUACAUGUUUUUUACUGAACUUCUAGAAAGUAAAUACCCUUCCUUUUUUUACUAUUUAGAUAUGAGUCGCAUAAUCACUUCUUACAUGUAUAUGGGUUAUAAUGAUGUCUUCAGUGCAAUAACUAUGUUGACCAAAAGUAUCCUAAUAUCUGUAAUUGUAUACAAUACUUUCUUGAACAACAAGACUGUUGCAUCGACUACCUCAUUAUUUACCAAUCCAUGCUUAUUGUUAAUUUCAUACCCUUCUUUUUUUUAAUGUUUUUUCUCCAAGCUCAGUGAAUGAUAAAUAGAAUGCAAUGGUUUUAGUGGUGGUAUUCACUGGCAACAAUUUUUUUUAUAGAAAAAUAAUGCAAAAAUUCAAGGCAAGUAAUCAGACAUUACCAUACAUCAUAAGAAUCUUUAUGAUAUUAUGAUUGAAUUGGACUCAGUAGUUAGGGUUUAUUACUUUCAUACCAUCUUAAGUUCUGACAUUGAUUUUUAUAUUUGAGGUGUAUCAGUAUAAAAUGAAACAUAGAAUAUUUUAAAAGAACACUGUAAAGAUGGAGAAAGAAAAUUAUAUGUACAUUAAAAUAAUUUUUCUAAUUUACUGUUGAGGAAAAUUUGAAUCGUAUAAUUAUUUGUUUCCUAAGGGAUAAAAUAUGUCAAUUAAUAGUCCUUUACUCACUACUUAUAAACUAAAAUACUUUAGGCGUUGAAUCAAAGAAUAGAUUAGGCCUGUAUGUUAUCUUUUAUUCACUUAAAUUCACGUUUUGGUUAGGAAAAGAAAUUGAUAAAUAAAUAAAAUAAGUCAUUGUAAGCAGAGAGCAAGAAAAAAAUUCUGAAGAGUAUAUGGUAUUCUUAAAACUGAAACAAAAGUAAAGUAAAAACAAAACGGGAAUGAUUAAUAAUUAAACAGUUAAGUCAAAAUUAACCACGUAAAGAAAAGAAAGAAUACAUGACUUCGGAACAAUGAUAUCAAAGUGUACAGAAAUGAAAGGAAGUCCUUGCUACAUAAGAGAUUAAAAGUCAAAAACCCAAGUAUAGAAGUGACUGAAAAGGUGUAUUGUUACUGACAAAACUUCACAUGCAUGGCUAUGAAAAUAAUGAUUGUUAUUUGAUUAUAUAUCCUUAAGCAACAGUCGCCAAUAUGCAGAAACAACAUUUAACCUGUAAUAGUCAUACUGUUUGAUGUUUUUUUUCAGUAUUGGUUUAAUCAUUCCUAAUAAAUGAGGAUGAUUUUAUUUCUCACAUGAUCAGAUGUUAACACAUGUUUAUGUUGGAGGGAUGGAUACUUUGUUAAUAUAAUGCACCUGAAUGAUAUUAGAUCACUGAUACACAAAAAAAUUAAGUGUGCAUACUUAUUAUAUUUUUCAUAACUGGAUCGCAAUUUACACUAGCAGUGAUAUGACAUUCUCACCAGUCAUAGAAUCUUACCUAUCUUCUCAAAAGAUUUACACGACUCUUGAGAAAGUCGUAUCAUUGCUAGUGUAGACUGUCCAGUUAUGAAAGAAAAUGUAAUUAGUGAGCACAUUUAUUUUUUGCGUACCAGUAAUGUGUUGUAGUAUUGUACUCAACCAUACCCUUGACCAUUAGUGUUUCCAUUGGAUAAAGAAUGUCAUUAUGAUGUGUUGUGAGUAGACUAAUAUGAUUGGUAUUAAAUAAAAAUGAGAUGGUAUGAUAUCAGGAAAAUUAUUUUCAAACUAGGGUUGGUGACAACAUCUCUAAAUGCAUCAUUGGUUGCAAAGUGUUCAUUAUGUAUGUGUACUCGAUAUUUGACAUGUAUUUAUCUUUAAAACUCCAUUUUAAAGUUAACAAGUUUGCUUCUGUAUAAAGAACUUCAUAAUACUUAUUGCUCCAAUAAUGUAUUUCACCAAUUAGUACAUUCAGUCAUAUUAUCAUUGCUUGAGUAAUACUUUGAUUAUUUCACUUAUACUACCUGAUGACCAAAAGCGACAUCUGGUGAUACAUUAUUUGUUAAUUCAAAAUCCAGUCGUGUUUUUAUUUUAAGAGUACCGUAAUAUUAGUUAUUUGUUUAUGAUAUAUUGUUCAUUUUAAAAUACACGAAACUCUUUGUUCAACAGUACUUAAAUAUUUAAAUAGUUUUUUCACAUUAGUUGUCAUGUCUAAUCUUAUUGGUCCAGUCUUUGAAACUUGAGAUUUUACUAUUUGUAUUUUUUUGUUUUGUUUUGUUUUUAGGUAAGAAAAAAUUAUUGGAAGUAGUUGGUAAAGCACAGUAUAGACAUGAGUGCCUUUAAGAAUGUAUAAAAGUUAGAUUUUAUAUACUGAACAGACUAUAUGGAUGUUAGUUGCUUUGCUGUUACAUGGUUCUGUUCGUAUCUUCAGGUUUUAUUUUGUGAGACAAUAAAUGUCACGAUCAGAAGGAAAAAUUAAAUGGGAUUAUUAUCAUUUAGACCAAUUUGAAAAUAUGAAAUUUUUGUUGUUGAUAUUUCAAUCCUUUAAAAUUUUUAGAAAAACGCUUAAAAUUAGUCAUGAAGCUGUUUUUAAAAUUUUAGCUUUCUGACAAAGAGGGUUGAUCGUUUAUGACUUCUGUUUUUUAAAGUGUCAUGUAUGAAAGAAGAAUGCUUUUCAUUUCAUAGUUUGUUAUCUAAGCAUUGGAAAGUGUGAUUAUUUGACAAGCUCCUUCUGCCAAGGUUUUGGAGAGUUUAGAGGUAAUAAACUUUGUGUAUUUGAACCAGUACAAGGAAAGGGACUGUUUUUCAAGUGAGUGGCUUGUAUAACCAGAAGGGCUUGUUUCAGUUAUAAUAUUUUCUGUUGAAGUCUGUUACUUCGGUACUGUAUUUUUUGUUGGUGCUAGGAAUAAAUUUUAUGAUCAGUAAUAACCUUAA